AUGCCUCCGAAGCCUUCGAAACUUUUCGUGGAUCAUCCCUUCAUGCGCUAUGCCGCAAAUUUCUGGCCUUAUCAUGGAGCCUUUUGCAGCUUAGAGGACCAUCAGCAGCAAAUGGUUCACCGACUCUUUGCGACGAGGUCCCUUCCUGGGGGUGGUAACUACAGUACGUGGGUCCAAGCACUAUUUGGGCAAAGGGAUGCUUCAAUGCAAAUAGACCCAGCAGUCAUCCAGACGACACAUCCCCUUUAUUAUGCUACAUCGUUUGGAAUGGUACCUGUUGUUAAUGCUCUUCUCAAAUCCGAGCCUAAAAUCGAUGUCAAUGCCCCCGGCGGUCGUACGGGAGCCACGGCAGUGUGGAUUGCCAGCAUGCGAUUCAACUUCGAGGUCGUUAAAGUACUGUUGUGA